GUCGUUCACGAGAAAAAAGGGGGGGUGUUUUCCCACCAGUUCACUGACUCAUUUUGCUCCUCACCGCCAAGAGAUGAACGGAACCGGAGGCGACAUCCGGCUGGAUGAACGGAGGGGAGACACGGAAAUUUCGAAUUCACAGAAGCUCAUUCUGAACGCCGAAGACCUACUUGAAUCCAAUCUAGGAUGCGAUCUCUUCACUGAAGGUGGUGACAAGCGCUUCGGAUGGCUCCUCACUUUUGCCUCAUCGUCUUGGGAGGAUCAGGAUACUCAUAAAGUGUUCAGUUGUGUAGAUUUAUACUUCGUUUGUCAGGAUGGUUCGACAUUUAAAGCCAAGCACAAAUUUCGGCCAUAUUUUUAUGUUGCCACAAAGAACAAAUUGGAAAUGGAAGUUGAUGCAUACUUGAGACGGCAGUAUGAGGCUCAAAUUGCUGAUAUUGAAAUUACAGAGAAAGAGGAUCUUGAUCUCAAAAACCAUCUGUCUGGCUUACAAAAGUCUUACUUGAAGAUAACUUUUGAUACUGUCCAACAAAUGAUGCAUGUGAAAAGGGACCUGAUGCACACAAUAGAAGGGAAUCGAACAAAGUUUGAUGCUAUGGAAGCAAAUGAGUCCAUUUUAACACGAAAAAGUAAACAUGGAUUUCAAGAUUACAUUGACUGUAUAGCUGAUUUCCGCGAGCAUGAUGUACCUUAUCAUGUUCGAUUUUCCAUUGACAAUGAUGUCAGAUGUGGGCAGUGGUAUGAAGUUAGUGUACACAGUUCUGGGGUCGUGCUAGAAAGGAGAAGGGAUCUCUUGCAACAUGCUGAAGUUCAUGUCUGUGCAUUUGAUACUGAAAUGACCAAGGCUCCUUUGAAAGGCCCCAAUGCCGACUGUGACUCAAUAAUGAUGAUCUCGUACAUGGUUGAUGGUCAAGGCUAUCUUAUUAUUAACAGAGAGUAUGUUGGGGAAGACAUAGAAGAUCUAGAAUAUUCCCCUAAACCUGAAUAUAAAGGGUGCUUUAAAGUUACAAAUGUGAAAAAUGAGGAAGAGCUUCUUAGAACUUGGUUCAGCCAUAUGCAAGUUAUAAAGCCUAGUAUAUAUGUCACUUACAGUGGUGACUCCAAUGAUUGGCCAUUUAUGGAAACAAGGGCAGCUCAUCAUGGCUUUAAUAUGAAAAAUGAGCUUGGAUUUCAAUGUGAUAAGAGUAAAGGGGAAUGCCGUGCUAAAUUUGCUUGCCACAUGGAUUGUUUUGCAUGGGCAAAGCACGAUAGUUAUCUGCCACCAGGCUGUCAUGGUCUAAAGGGUUAUCUCAAAGGCUCUAUUGCUCCCAUCUCCGACGACGACGACGACGACGAAUGGUUCCAACUUGAUGCCAUUCUCCAGGGAUGGAUUCUCUCCACCAUCACGGAUGAGGUUUCAGAUCUCGUUCUCUCUUCUGUCUCUACUGCUUCUACUCUCUGGACGAUGAUUCAUGAUUUGUUCCACGACAAUAAGCAUGCUCGAGCCAUGAAACUCGAGCAUCAAUUUCGCACCACCGUCAAAGGAUCUACCCCCAUGGCCGCAUAUUGUCAAGAGCUCAGGAAUAUUGCAGAUUGGCUAGAUGACGUAGAUGCCCCCGUGUCUGAGCACCAACUAAUACUCCAGAUGUUGCGCGGCCUCCCCGACGAUCUACAAGCCCAAACUUCGUUUCUCCAAUUUCAGGACCCCAUGCCGAGCUUUCUCCAGGUGCGGUCAGCCCUCCUCCUUCUCGACCGGCAGCGGACUCCUCUGGGCGAACCAACAGCACGGCCCUGCUGGCAGGUCGGGACGCCGGCAGCUACAGCAGCAGCCAGCACGGCGGGGGUGGCAGCCGCGGUCCUCCUCACGGCGGCAGUGGGGAUCGGUUUUUUGGCAGCAACUUCGGCGAUGGCUCCUCCUCUGGACAGCGUGGUGGCUUUGGACGCGGACAAGGGCGUGGCAACGGCAACCGGGGUCGAGGUCGAGGGCGUUCAAACGGCGGUUCGAGACAACGGCCAUCAACGGACGUCCAAAGUACCUGGAACUCAACCUACCCAAACCCUAGCCCCGGGGUGUUGGGCCCCCGACCCACACCCGCCCCCUACC